UUAGUAGUUUUUUUUUUUUUCAUGAUAAAAGUAUUUUGUAAAUUGUAAAAAUCGUGUGGAUAAAUAUUUUGAUCUUUAUCAUUUUCUGCUUUCGACUCGUAGUUCAUACCUCGUGUAAUGAAAAUCCAAAAUAUUAUUUCUCUAUAGAAAUGCAAAUUUAAUCCAUCGACAAUUUUGGUUAGCUCUAAGUGCUUGCACCCUGUUCUUGACAGUCAAUCGUCUUUUAGUAUAUAAUAGAUUACCAAUGGAGGAGUAUUCCAAAGAAAUCUUUUGCUGUUCUCAGUGGAUCAAAAACGAAAAAUUCGAAAAAGUAUGCAUUCAAUUACCGGACUACAUGUUGUGCAAAAGUGUAUUUAUUUCAUCAGAAUUUGAAAGGCUGCUGGAUCGCCGUGUAUAUAUACUUGGCGAUACUUCUUAUGGCAGCUGUUGUGUCGAUGAAACAGCUGCUCAACAUAUAGCUGCUGAUUGUGUUGUUCAUUUUGGACGGUCAUGUCUAACACCAAAUCGUCACCUUCCUGUUUAUUACAUUCUUCCUAAACAGCCCUUAGACUAUAUUCAAUGUGCCAAUUCGAUAAUUAAAACCUUUGAAACUAAAGAAGGACUGGUUUUGGUACUGUAUGAUGUGUCUUAUCAUCAUAUCCGCGACAAUUUGGCCAAAUCAUUAUCAUCUAAUAAGUCGAUAAUAUUAUCUGACUUAGAUUUAAAAAUACACAAUACAACUAGUUAUACUGUACCCGAUGACCGUGAAUAUACAAGCAUAUUUGGAAGACGAUUUCUUAACUUAAAUUACAAAAAUAUUGUUUAUAUAAUUAAUGAUAAUUACAUGAAUAAUGUCGAUAGAUUUAUAUUAGAGAACAAAGAAUGUCAAGUAUAUAUUUAUCAAAAUAAUUGUAAUGUAUUGACACAACGAACUUUAACAUCAGUAAUAAAAAAAAAAAAUUUUAUUAAAGAAAAGAUUAAAGAUUCUACUCAUAUUGGAAUACUCAUAUGCAGUUUAAGCAUCAAAGAUUUAAUCGAGCGUAUUAAUAAAGUUAAAUGUUUAUGCAAAAAGACGAACAAAAAAUGUUAUAUUUUUUCUGUUGGACGUCCUAAUGUUGCCAAAUUAGCUAAUUUUCCAGAAAUCGAAAUAUUUGUGAAUAUUACUUGUGCAGAAGGAGUAAUAGAAAAUCAAAAAGAAUAUUUGCAACCAAUUGUUAAUAUUGAUGACAUUGAAUUAGCUUUGGGAACUGAAAACGCUAGCGAUUCACCAGAUAUAUCUUUAGUAACUAACAAAUUAAGAAACAUUACAAUGCCUAAAGAGGAAAUCGAGUUAUCUUCAGCAUUAAAUUUCAGAAGAGAUAUGUCAUUAUCGAUGGUCACUCAAAAUAGAACAUGGACGGGACUUAAUCCACAUGAUGAACGACCGCCGGUUAUAAUAGCUACAGAAGGAAGAAAAGGCACUCCAAGUUCUGGAUAUAUCACAUCUGAUUCAGAAUAUCGUAGUUAAAGAAAAUUGUUUAUGAAUGUUUUUUCCAAAACAUUAACAUAUUAUUUCUAUUUAGUUAAAGAACACAAUGAAAUAAUAUUGUUCAAAUUAUUGGUAUAGGAUUUGUUAUUAGGCAAUAAUUAUUGAUAAUA